UCUUGACAAUCGUCCAUUUUGUAAUUUCGUCAUCGAAAAUCGAGGAACGCGCUCCCUCUUUCGAGUUCGCGCCUAGCUUGUGUAUUGCCUCUGCGUGGUUUUGUUUGUAAUUUACAAAUACUGGCAAUAAUUUCGAUUAAAAAUGAGUUACGGUGGUAGAGCACCACCUCGCAUCGAAGGAAUGAUUUCCUUAAAGGUAGAUAACCUAACCUACCGAACGUCGGUUGAAGAUCUAAGAAGAGCAUUUGAACGAUGUGGUGAAGUCGGAGAUAUUUAUAUUCCGAGAGAUCGUUUUACGAGGGAAAGCAGAGGAUUCGCAUUUGUUAGGUUCUAUGACAAGAGGGAUGCUGAAGAUGCGCUAGACGCCAUGGACGGACGUAUGUUAGAUGGAAGGGAACUCAGAGUCCAGAUGGCUCGCUACGGAAGGCCUUCAUCGCCUCAACGAAGAUAUCGUGGAAGGAGAAGGGGUGGCAGGAGAAGUAGGUCAAGGUCUCGCAACCGAAAGUCACCUAGCAGAAGUCGCUCUCGAUCAGACAGCAAAAGUUCCAGGGGUCGAUCCAGGUCUCCAGCUUCCAAGGACGGAAAAGGGCGUUCGAAGUCUAUGAGCAAGUCUCGUUCGAGGUCUAGGUCUUAGGUGAUGAUUCCUGAGGCAGUGCAGUUAAAUAGGCUCCUGUUCUGUUCUCUAAAGGUAUUUAUCAGAAAAUUGACCUAACGAAACAAACCCUUUGCUUCAUUUAUUUCCGUGUUUAAAUGUUUUACGAAUAAGAUUAGGACAAAUUGUCUUUUCGUAAUUUACCUUUUACGGAUCUAAUCAGUUCACCAUGGAUUAUCAACUCAAUAGGUUAGUUUUUAUUCAGAUGCCAAGUUUUUUCAACUUUGACAAUUGCACAUGUUUUUAUUGAAUUAAUUGAAUGUGUUUAUUUGUUGAAGAUUUUUGCGUAGAAUCAUUAGGUUAAGACAUGUUUAAUUUUUGGGGAUCAUAAAAUAGUUCUUAGAGGAUUUGUAGCUGGAUAAAUGUUUAUCUGAUGUAAUUUUUUUCUGAUAAAUGUGUCUUUUAAAUCGUU